AUGAAGUCAUGGUUUGGUCUUGAUGAUGAGGCAGAAAACUUAAGAGCACCAGAAGUUAGCCAGACUUCCAGCCGCAGGCUAUCAAAAGGUAAAAUGCCAAUAGCUCGUGAAAUCAUGGUUGGUCUUGAUGAUGAGGCAGCAAAAGUAAUUGAACGACUUGUAAGCGGACCAGAACAUGUGGAAAUUGUUCCCAUUGUGGGAAUGGCUGGGCUUGGUAAAACAACUUUAGCCAAAAAGGUUUACAAUGAUAAUUCAAUUAUCUAUAACUUCCACAUUCGCCUUUGUUGUACUGUUUCUCAGGAAUAUAACAAGAAAAGCUUGUUAACACAAAUUUUGUGCUCUGAUGGAAAACACUCUAGGAUGGAUGAAGAGCUUAAAAACUUGAAUGAACAUGAAUUGCUUCACAAGCUCUAUCAAAGGCUAAAGACGAAGAGGUAUCUUGUUGUUUUUGAUGAUGUCUGGGACAUUAAGGUAUGGAAUGAGCUGAGAAUUUCAUUCCCAGAUGACAAAAACCAAAGUAGAAUCAUCUUCACUAGUCGAUGUUCUAAUGUAGCUUCACAGGUUCAAUAUGGUGGAGAACCUCACUAUCUUCACCCACUCAGUGAGAAACAAAGUUUCGAAUUGCUGCAGAAGAAGGUGUUUGGAGAAGAUGAAGAAUGUCCUCAAGCAUUGCAUGGAUUGGGAAUGGAGAUUGCUGAAAAGUGCUGGGGAUUGCCACUUGCACUUGUUGUUGUAGCUGGAGUCCUAGCAACUAUAGAGCAUGAUAUUUUGGUUUGGAAAAAAUUUGCUGAAAGUUUAACUUCAACCAUGGUGUCUGGUACAGACCAGUGGAAGAAGUCCUUGGAGCUCAGUUAUGAGCAUCUACCAUAUCACUUGAAGGCAUGCUUGCUGUAUUUUGCUGCAUUUCGAGAAGAUGAAAAAAUUGGUGCCAAGAGUUUGAUGCGUCUAUGGAUUGCAGAAGGGUUUGUGGAAAUAAUUGAAGGAAAGAGACAGAGAUUACUGCAUAAGAAGAAUUAUUUAGAUGGAGACCUAAUUGGCCGAAACACACCUAUCAUACGGAGUUCUGUACAGGGCGAGGCGAAAGAAAAGAAAAUUCCUUCUGGUCCUGCCGGAAGGAAUGAUGGAGACUUACUAACCUUUAAUGAGCCUCCCAACCUACCUCGGUUGUCCAUUUGCUCCAGUGAAGAAGAUUUUAUAAAGUCAAGGCUAUUUUGUCCGCAUUUAGCCAGUCUGCUAUUCUUUGAUGCUACUCCAGGAUAUAAGAAGUUUAAGUUGCUUAAUAUCUCCUUCCUUUUUUGCAACUACAAACAUCUUAACGUUCUGAAUUUAGAGGGCAUUAACCUAAGGCUGCAGGAGCUUCCAGCUGAAGUCGAAUCACUUCUUUGUUUGAGGUACUUAGCCCUUGUAGCAGAGCGCUUGGAAUUCAUUCCACCAUCUAUAGCCAAGCUCUCACAUUUGGAAACCUUUUGUCUAAAUUCUGAUGAGAUGGUUUCAUUGCCAGAUAGCAUCUGGAACAUGAAGAAGUUGAGGCAUGUAUGUUUGUGGACUGGCGUCGUUAUCCGUCUGCCUUCCAACGACAACGGUGUUGAAAACCUCUCCACUUUACCCAAUUUAGACACACUCUCUUGUUUGCGUCUUUAUAAAGAGGGAGAGAACUUAUUGAGAAGGAUUCCCAACGUUCGCCGACUUAAUAUUUCCGAUCGUCAGACUGGAAAUGGAGUGUUGAACAUGAGUCGACUAGAAUGCCUAGAAUCACUCACCUGGCGGGGCAUUUACUCCUCAGGUUCAUGGGAACAUGUUGAGCCUCCCUUUCCCAUGAAUUUGAAGAAGUUGUGUCUUUACGAUCUGGGUCUUCCCUGUAGUAAAAUGUCAUUGAUUGAACGACUACCCAACCUUGAAGUCCUAAAAUUAAGAUGGCGGUCAAUGGAGGGCCAAAAAUGGGAGCUGAUGGAAGGAGGAUUCCCUAAACUCAAGGUCUUGAUGUUGGAAGACGUAGAGGUUGCGGAGUGGAUAGAGACAGACCCUGACAGUGGUGAUUACUUCCCGUGCCUUCAGCAAUUAAAACUCCACAAAAUUUAUAAUUUGAAAAUGAUGCCUGCUUGUUUAGGGCGUAUAUCUACUAUUGAAACAAUUAAUGUGAGUUUUUGCGGAGAUGGCGUCGAAUCUUUAGUACAGGAAAUUCAAGAAGCACAGGAAUAUAAUGGAAAUGAGAAUCUGGAGAUCAUCAUCAUAUAG